AUGUUAUUUAUUGCACAAUUAUUUCAUUAUAAUGCAGAUGACAUUAUAUCAUGUUUAUCAUUAACACAACAACAAAAUAUGUUAUUUGAACAUUUAAAAUGUUGUUUCAAACGUUUAGUUAAACAAGAUAUUUUUACUUUAUUAACUGAUCAAACAUUAACAUCAGAACAACUUAAAUUAAGAUUUCAACAAACUGGACUUGGUCUUACAACACAUAUAUUUGCACCUGAAAGUCGAUUAGAAUCAUUAGUACGUUUUUGCCAUGCAUGUAUUGAUAUGAAUGAACAACCUAUGCCAACAUUUUUAGCUUCAACACAAGCAUGUAUUGGUCGUGGACAAUCAUCAAUAUGA